AUGAAUGGACGGUCUUUGAUUGGCGGCGCUGGGGACGCCUCUCCGGUUCCUCUUUGGAGGAACCCUUUUGGAAAUAAAGCUGGUGAGGCAAUGCGUGGAGGCUUCUCCCGGCUAAAGCUGGCCCUGGCCCGAGGGCCGCCGGAACAGGGGCCAGAAGAAGAGAUAGCCAUGGAGGACAGUCCCACUAUGGUUAAGGAGGACCGGGGUCAAAACCUCACCUCACCGUCACGAAGGAGAAGGCGCCUUCCCAAGGCUCUUGCCUAUGUCACUGGUGACAUGAGAGAAUUUGCCAACUGGCUUAAAGACAAACCCCUAGUGCUCCAGUUCUUCGACUGGAUUCUUCGGGGCAUAUCCCAGGUGACACUUGUCAACAACUCCAUCAGUGGAAUCCUGAUUCUGGUGGGACUCCUGGUCCAGAACCCUUGGUGGGCUCUCAAUGGCUUCAUAGCAACUGCGGUCUCCACCCUGACAGCCCUGAUGCUCAGUCAGGACAGGUCAGCAAUCGCAAACGGGCUGCACGGCUACAACGCCACCCUCGUGGGGAUACUCAUGGCGAUCUUUUCAAACAAUGGGGAUUAUUUCUGGUGGCUGCUAUUCCCUGUCUCAGUGAUGUCCAUGACUUGUCCAAUUUUCUCAAGUGGGUUGAGCUCCGUGUUCAGCAAAUGGGACCUUCCUAUCUUCACCCUGCCCUUCAACAUGGCAUUGACCAUGUACCUUUCGGCCACAGGACAUUACAAUCCGUUCUUCCCAAUCAAAUUGUUCAAACCCAUAACCUCGGUUCCCAAUGUCACCUGGUCUGACCUCAGUGGCCUGCAGCUACUGAAAUCGCUGCCUGUGGGUGUUGGUCAGAUAUACGGCUGUGACAAUCUGUGGACAGGGCUCAUUUUCCUGUGUGCCAUCCUACUUUCCUCCCCACUCAUGUGCCUGCAUGCUGCCAUCGGGUCGACGAUAGGAAUAGCAGCAGCGCUCAGCCUUUCGGCUCCAUUUGAGAAUAUCUACUUUGGACUCUGGGGUUUCAACAGCUCUCUGUCCUGCAUUGCAAUUGGAGGGAUGUUCAUGGCACUCACCUGGCAAACCCACCUCCUGGCUCUCGCCUGUGCCCUGUUCACCGCCUACCUGGGAGUCAGCCUGUCACACCUGAUGGCUGUGGCCGGACUGCCAUCUUGCACCUGGCCCUUCUGUUUGGCUGCACUACUGUUCCUCUUGAUGACCUCAAAAAACCCCAGCUUCUACAGGAUGCCCCUCAGUAAAGUCACUUACCCUGAAGAAAACCGUAUCUUCUACCUGCAAGCCAAGAAAAUGUUGGUGGAUAGCCCUCUGUGA